AUGUCAACGCAUACCCCGAACUGGAUCUGUGGAGACGUAUCCAAGAAGACGCCGCCUGGGGGCCCGACCAGAGAAUGGCAAACGCACCUGCGGGGCAUCGUCCGCUUGCUGCAAUGCCCUGCUUGCUGGUUGCCGCUCAACAAACCCGUCACCCUCCCCUGUGGCAAAUCAUUCUGCCAGAGCUGCCUACCGGAGCCGCACAAGCGGCAGAACAUCUCAUGGCCUGGUACUGCAGAGAGACAAUGGGGAAUUCGCUGCCCCAACAUCGAGUGUGGCAGAGAGCAUGCACAGGAAGACUACAGCCUAGACAUCAUGCUACGCCACGUGGUCGAGGCCGUUGAUGCCGUUAUGCAGAACCAAGGAGAUUCGCCUAAAAUCCAGGGCCUCCACACGCAAAUCAUCUUCGAUGACCCGCCAAAGAUCAUCAUCGAUGACCCGCCGGUGCCCCUCUGGACAAUCAUGAAGGGCGGAGUCCUUCUCGCCGCUUACAACUUGGCGGAAGAGGGGGAGCUAAAGCGCAGCUCCAGCCCCGAAUUCAUAUCGCCUGGUGACAACGUCGAGAUUACAAGAGCCUUCGACGAGGAGUUACUGGCGCAAAUCAGGAGCGCGGUGAGGGAAGAACUCAACUGCGAAAUAUGCCGUAUCGGUCGCCUGAUCAACCCGCUCACAACCUCGUGUGGUCACACCUUCUGCGAGAUGUGCCUAUAUAGGUCUCUUUACCUCGCCAAUGACAAUACUUGCCCGUCGUGCCGCCGCCGUUUGUCGCUACGGUUUGGGAGUAAACCUGCCUUGCGCCCCGAUGUCUUGAACGGCUUCCUCCAGUACAUGGACGAGGCCGCCGAGGACGAUCUCACCAAGGAGGCAAAACGGGAGACAUGGGGUUGUAUAUCAGAGGAAAGACCCAUUCUCUUCGUGCGUGCGAUAUUCCCUUGUAUAAGCGCAUCAAUCCAGAUCCCUGAGCAUCUCCGACCCAUGAUUCGCCGCGCCAUCCAAGAGGACAAAAUACUUGCCGUGUGCACAGCGGUAUUGAACGGCCAGUCGACUGUUGGAACACUAGUCCACAUCAUGGAAAGUCACCGGUUCGAAACGCUGUCUCGCAUCCGAGUGGCUGGCCUUUCAAGGUUCCGUGUCUCGAGUGCUACGUGUACAGACGCGGGCUAUAUGCUUGCCAAAAUCCGGCCCUUGGACGACAUCAGCCUCGCCGAGGAAGAGGCUUAUGAAGUACAAGAAACAGCGGGGACCACCGAUAAGAAUGUAAUAAAGAGCAAGGAGGAUAUUCAUCGAGUGUCGACCAAAUGUUUGUCUGGGCUCGCCACGCAUGUCCUUCACAGAUGCCUGAAUAAGGGCAAAUACUCAUGGCUCGCCCGGAGCUCGACAUCAUCACAGUUGAGACAUCCUGGACAGUAUUUUCCCUACGACCCAGUCAAGCUGCCCUGGUGGUUUGCCAGUGUUGCUCCCAUCAGUGACGUUGAAAGGUUCCAGCUUCUAGUCCGCAGAAGUGUACGGGAACGGUUGCAGAUGUGCUGGUUAUGGAUGUUCGACCUUGGAUUGGCCCAAUUCGGCCUCGAAUCCCUGGAACAUAGCUAA